GAGAUACAAGGAGAGGGGAUUCAUUCAUUUAUCCUCAAGAACGAAACUUAAAAGCACUGUUGUAAACAGACGCAAAUCCCAUAAAUCAGUUCGCACCAGUCGGCGCCCUGUAAGUCAAAGCGCGUGACUAUGCGCGUUUGCUUGCAUGGGAAAAUCAGAAUCUGCGAUCAAUGGAAGUUUACCGAGCCAACACGCGCGCGCUCUCGUUCCCAGUGACCGUGAUAGAGGCGCGCGUAGAUGCUCGUAGCCUGCGGACAACCGGCGGAUGUUGAUCUCGCUGACCUCCAAACCUCCCACAGAAACUUCUCAAGAACAGCGUUUGGUGACCUUCAGCAUUUUGACCUUUGACCCUUGACUCAGACACAGCAAUGGGGCGUAAGCUGGAUCUGUCAGGCCUGAGCAAUGAUGAAGCGGAGCAUGUGCUCAGAGUCGUUCAGAGAGACAUGAAACUCCGUAAAAAGGAGGAGGAGAGACUAGGUGAAAUGAAGCAUGAGUUGGAGGAGGAGGGCAGUCGCUGUUUGCUCCUGUCUAAGCAGCACAAGUUCAACGAGCACUGCUGCAUCCGCUGCUGCUCUCCAUUCACCUUCCUGCUCAAUCCCAAGCGUCCUUGUCUGGACUGCCACUAUAACGUCUGCAAGUCAUGCCGCUCAUACAGCCAGAGCGAGAGGGGAUACGUCUGCGCCGCCUGUGAGAAGACCAGGCUCCUGAGGACGCAGUCUUUGGAAUGGUACUACAAUAAUGUUAAGAGUCGGUUUAAGAGAUUUGGCAGCGCCAAAGUCCUCAAGACUCUCUACAGGAAACACAUUAUUGAAAGAGGAGCAUUAUCUGAGUUAACAGAGGUGAGCGCUCAUGAAGGCAGUAAUGAUAAUGGCAGUGUUUGUGAUGGCAGUGACUCCACUCUUUAUAAACAUGAAGGGCACAGCAUGGCAGAGACGCUCACCGUCGCCCUGCGUGUAGCAGAAGAGGCUAUAGAGGAAGCCAUCGCAAAAGCCGAGAGCUACAGAGACAGUCUGGAGAAACAGAAUGAGGCUCGAUAUUUACGUGACCAUAGAGAAGAGCUCGUAGAGGAACUCGCCACAACAAUUGUACAAAAAAUCAUUCAAAGGGGUAAGAGGUCUGAGAUUCAGGCCGAGUAUGAGUUUAUAUGGCCUCAGAUUCACAGUAAUGAGUUGCCGUCCCCCGCCUCGACACAAGACGCACACGCAACUCAGCAUUCACACAGUACCUCCCAGCACGGCGCUGUAGCACAGGCAAACACCACAAGCUCCUAUUCCCUGUGGAGGUCAAGAUCAGCAUUCUCUAUAACAAGUGACGAUUCUCCAGAGAAGGGCCCUGAGGUGGGUAUGGCCCCGGUGGGCCCUGAGAGUUCAGAGGUAGAUAAGGACAUCCAGAACUACACUUCACUCAGAAGAGAGUCCAGAGCAUCAUCACUUCCAGGGUGGAAGAGUGUUGACCGCUUGGACAACUCGAGUGCAUCCUCAGUCCUCCAGUCACCUGAUGGUAACUGGAUCGCCCUGCAGAGCUCCCAGCAUUCCCGGCCCAGUCUGCUGACCAAGCGCAAGAGCCUGGUCUUCAGCAUACUAGAGAAAGAAUCGGGCGUCGUGUCCGCAUACGACGAAAUGGGCUCUGAAUCGGACCCCGAGGACAAGGGAGGAUGGGGGGCUGCCCUGUUACAGUUUCGCCGCCGUCUUUCUGACGAAACCUAUUACACUGACUCUCAACACGACCCUGAAUGGACAUACACGCAACACCCACCUGUGACAUCACCCUCUUCGGGUCAAUACACCAACACGGAGACCCUCAACUCGGACUCGGAAAUGUCAACCGGCCCUUCGACUCGAGCCCGCAGACCCGCCCACGUUACGCCCCAGAGGAAAAAGGUGCCACCUGAUCCACACCUGUGUCCUCCUUUUAGACAUCCCAUGAGCACUGCUGCCCCACCUCAUCUGAGACCAGAGGUCCUGGAUGUGAACUUUAACCCCCGUUUGGGCGGGGAUAGUAGUGAUGGGGAGGACCGGAGCGAGCAGGUGAAAAGAUCAAGGAGGCGACGCAGAAGCAAGCGCGAGACAUCAGAGCCGAGCCGGGCACAUAAUGCACUGUACAGCGCCGCUACAGCGGAGAACAGCGCUCUUCUUCUCAACGCCAUGAUGAUGCGCCGACAGCAGAGCCAGGAGACUCCAGGCCCUCUCGGUUAUCACACUCCAGACACUGUGACCCCUCCUGAGCUUUUGACGUCUGGUGCCAUGACCCCUGAACCUGACUAUCAGAACACAGUGGCUCAUAACUCCAGUGCUGCCAGCCCACCAAUGCUCAACAAACAAGGGUUCGGCAUUCAGGGCCCCGUCGUGAGGGCCUCUUCUGUCAACGAAACCCUGGAACAAGAAUUGAGAUCCAAACUCUGUGACCUGGUUGGCCAGGCCAGCGAGAUGGAUGUGAUGUCAUCUGAUUAUGAGCUCCGGGACAGUGUUAGGGAAAAAGAAAGUGAAAUAAUUAAAAGGGAGAGGCGUGAGAAUAAACGAGACAAGAGGACUGAUAGAGAAAUAAAUGAGAAAAUGAAUGAACGGCAGCAAGAAAGACAAAUAAAUAAAGAGAGAGAGAUCAAGAGAGAGCGACAUAAUCAGAUACAAAGUGUGCUUGGGAGAGAUAGAGAAAGACAAAUGGAGAUUCAGCUGAAAAGAGAUCAAGAGAGGCAAGCAAAGUUUGAAAGGCAAAGGAAAAUCUUACACACGGACAGCGAACCUGACGUGGAAGUAAAAGAAGAAGAGAAACAGGAAGUGGCCCGUAUGACAGAGGAAGUGAGAGUUAUGGAGCGAACCAGGAGUUUGGAGGAAGACAAUGAGGAGAAAGUGAAGAGAACAUCACCGCAGAGAAGCAAACAUGAAACAGGGUUAGAAAGACAAGAACAACUUGAGACAAAGGCAACACGAUCGACAGCCACAUCUCCAGACAGUGCCCCCUGUGGUCUGGAGGAGCCAAUGGCUCCAUCAGAGGAGGGGUUCAAUGAUCGUGCCCUACAGCAGAAGCUUCUGUUACUCUCAUCUUUCGCACAGCAGAAGUAUUCGGCCGCAUCCUUGUGCAGCAUCACCACAGAAGUCCUAAAGGUCCUCAAUGCCACAGAGGAUUUGCUUGGAGAGGCGGAAGGUAAAGUGCACGACCCUUCUCCAGCUGGCACACCAUUAUCAUCUCGCCCUGGAAAUAAGAAGUUGGACCAGCACCUCACUAAGAUGGAGGAAAAUGUGUAUCUGGCUGCAGGUGCAGUGUACAGUCUAGAGGGGGCGCUAAGUGAUUUAGAAGAAUGUGCCCGCAGCAUUAGCAGCUCCACCACUGAAACUGAACUGGCCUACCUGGAGGAUCAGGUAGCCACUGCUGCCGCCCAAGUGCAGCAGUCUGAGCUCCAGAUCUCUGAUAUCGAGGCAAGAAUAGCGUCCCUCAAAUCUGCAGGAUUGAAUGUGUCUACAUGCACACGAUUUUCCAAGUUCAAGUCUAAACCUAAGGCCCAGACGUUAGAUUCUUCUCGGCAUCAGAGGAGAAAACUUCCUGCACCUCCUUUCAAAAGUCUAUCUACAGAAAUGGAGUAUAAACCCGAGUCACAGGUGAGAUCUAUGAGGCCAUGACAAGAGGAUACGUGAUCUCCACAUUUGUCAAAUAUGGCUUCUUAUCGCUUCAUUGACUGCUAGGACCAUCAGGCUGUUCCACACCAGUGCCUUGAUCCAACUGUCGGUCCUCAAAUAUAAUCAGCAUUAAUGCGACAACCCCUGGAGCUCUACACCUCUGUGCUCCAGUAACCAGAGCAUCACAUCUGUUUCUCUCUGCCUUAAAGGAGACCACACGGCCUCCAGUGAACCACACAGAGGGUGUAAUUGUAAUUUUAGCAUUCUGACAUAUAGGUGGACAAUAGUAAGUGUUAACAAUCUGGGACCUUCUUUCUCCUUUUCUAACUGUUUUCGAGUGUUGUACAUGUCUGUUGGAAAUGUAAAUGAUGAAAAUGCUAGACCAUACAGUACUGUGCAAAUGUUUUAGGCCACCACAAUGU